ACACUUCACCUGUGGUUUUCUUCCAGAGUAGGAUCUCUUAUACUUAGACUUGAGGAGCAGCUGGGUAAACCUGCACAUUUAAGUUUCAAGUAUGGGGAAUGAGAAUUCCAAGAUCAAAGAUUCAAGCAAGAUCACUCAAGAUGGUAAAAAUGGAGAGCUAAAUGGCCAGGCAGUAGACAUAGCAUCCAAUGGAUUAGAUAUUGAUGUGAGCAGUCAGUUGCCAAACCAACUAAACGGCAAGGCCACAGUGUUAAACUCUGACUUGGUCAUGCAAUCGAACAGUCAGCAUCUUGAAACAGAAGAUGUUCCCGAGAAGCUGGCUGUCAAUCCCCAGAAAGAAGAUGUAAAACAUGACGAAAAGAUGCAACUUUUUGAAAAAAUAUUCAAAAGGAAAGCAGAUCUAGAGGCCCCUGCUGAUACAGAGAGUGUUGCUGAGAACCAUAAGAACAUAACAAAUGAGUCAAGUCUCCUUGCUGACGAAACACAGUUGGACACAGCUAACCAAAAGCAAGAGGCACUGACAGAAGUAAAGAGUGGAUCGCCAGACCAAACUGACAACGCUAACAGCACAUCUGCUCAAGAGGAGACUAACUCAGAAGAGAGUCCAGUUAUGAAUUUCUUCAAAAAUUUAAAUUUAACGCUGACUGUCCCUUCCGUUGUUCGGCAGAUGACUCCCACUAAAACAUCCAAAAAGGAAACUCCUGAAGUCUCAAAGGAUCAGAGGCAGAGGGAGAGCCAGUCAGCGACAACCACCACUGUUGCACAAGUUUCUGAUCCUCCUGCAGCUUCUAAGGGAAUGUUAAUCCCACCACCUCCACCACCAGAGCUUCCAAAAGUGGAAGUCAAAGCAGAGCAAAGUAGCAAAUCAGCAAAGCCCACCACCUCCAAAGAAACAACAAAAACUGUGGCAAAAAGCACGGAAUCAUCCAAAGGGAAAUCAACCAAAGAUGUUCUCAGCAAAUUCUUCCGUCCAAAGACUAACAAGGAGACACAACUGCAAGAAGUAGAGGCUGAAGUAAUUCCCAUUGUAGAAAAACAGGAAACUCCUGAUGAUGUGCAACAAGCAGUAAUAGAGGUUGAGGCUGAAGAACCUCAACAGACACCAGAAGAGGCAACACUGAUGGUUGUAGAGGAGAAGAUGACGGUAGAGGCACCGCAGCCAGAGGUAGAAAAUGAGGUGAAUCCUGCUAAAGCUGGGACUCUGGAGGCCACUGCAAGGCCAGAACCACCCCCACCUGUUCACGAGGAGAAGAAAACGCCAUCGAAGUCCUCAUUCCUCUCUUUCCUCAAACCUAAAGCUAGUGACCCCAAGAAGGCAAGCCCUGCCCCUGCCAAACCUGCAGACGCAACUUCUGCGGUAAAGGCCAAAGAGGAACCCAAAGCAACGGUCAAAUCAGUCGAGGUGGUCAUAGAUGACAAAGUGGCCUCAGUGGCCACCAAAGCUGGUGACAGUGCCCGGAAGCCAGAGAAGAGGAACUCCAUCCAGCUCUUCUUGAAACAUCUGGGUCAGAAACGUCAUUCGACAGAUGCUGGGGUCCAGACCGAGCCAGUGAAUGUGGCUACAGCAGCCAAAUGAGACCAGAAUCAACACUCAAGUUCUUCUGUAUAGACUCCUCUAUCCUUAUUUUUCUCUCUGGCUCAUGUCUCCAUUUUGUGGAACCAUUUUAACAAUAAUUACUCUUUUUUUUUUUUUUUAAUCCGUUUGACUGCUUAGAGGUACAGUAUAUACAAUUGGGGGAGGGGGGUAAAAGUGAAUUAGUAGAGUGGAUAAACUGAUUAGUGACAAUGCGGGAAGAUGUCCAUUUUUGGUUUAAUUAAGGACCUGACACAUGUAAUGGGACUCGCCUUGCUCGCCUAACAAACACUUUUUACAGGAUCCACUAGCACACUUUGCUUCUACUGUAGGUGCUUAGUACCACACAGAAACCUUUCUUUGUUGUUAUUGAGUCAACAUUUAUAUGUGCUUGACAUCAUAGACUGCACUCAAAGAUGAAUUAUGUAAGCUGUUCAUCAAUAUUGACACCAUCUCUUAGACCCUUGCUAUGAAUCACAAUCGUUACUUUGUCUGGAAAUGAUUGCAAUCUUAAAAAAUAACAUUCAAGUUGGAAUGAAUGCAAAAUCAUAGUCAUUGUCAUGCGUGCAUGUUGUAUGAAUUGCAACUGAUGCUAUAGUCAACAUAAUGUUGCUAUGUUGUGAACUGUCAUUUAAUGGCUGUCCUGUGGUAUUGUCUUGUGCAAUUAAUGUUAUGCUUUUGUCUGCUUCAUGUCUUUACAUCUUUUAAGUACAAUAAAAAGUUUGUUGUUUCUUG